UUAUAUUUUUUUAUUUUACAAUGGAAUUUUUAGAAAUCAUUGGUUACUUUGAAUUUCUUUAUAGUAAAGGCCAUACAAAUACCCUCCUUAAAUGACUGAAGAUAUUUUUCAGCAAACAUAUCAAGAGAACGAAACGAUUAUCUGUUGUGGGGGAAAAAACACAGAAAUGGCACCAAUUUUUUUUUAUUUGUUGCUUUCUCAAAGAUGCUGCUCCCAUCUAGUGGAAUCAUAUUCCCUUCUAUGUCUGCCUCUGUAUUUCCUCCUGUGGAACUAGAGUUGACCAUGCUUGAGGAGUAAGGGAGUGCUCCACGGGUGUUAACCCCACUCUGGAAGCUGUUGACUUUGGUCACUGGAGGGUGGGUGCACGAGUUUGAUAAGGCAUGCAAGUUCUGGUCCCUGGACCAAUUCGUGUGUCUGUAGCAGAUGUUCGCUGUAGGGACAGGCUGUGAUGCAUUCAGGGUGAGUUUGUGUCAGUCAGUGGUUGACCAGAUGUCACAAUCCAGAAGAAAAACAAUGAACGGCUUCUUUAUAGAGUUUGACCUGUGAAACAUAAUAAUUGAAGCAUGGCUCCUCCAGGAAUCCAAGAAGUUCCAGAAUUUGAAAAAUAAUAAGAGAAGGAAAAUGGUCGCCAGAGAAUGUGCGGUCAGCUAUAUCAAGGAACAUCAACCAAGGGUUCUUGAUUGUGACUGUUCGCUGACUUUUUUUUGUUAAUAUACAUUUAUAUAUUGGAAAGUCAGCUGUACAGAGAGGAGAGACAUUUUACCCCAUUUUACAUCAAAUUCCCUUCCUUGGAGAUCUUGGGAUAUUUCCCCUUAUUAAUCGCUGUUUGGAAAUUCUUCUCUGUUUAGCUUUUGUGUCUCCUACAACUAGAGUCGUCUCCCCAGCCAUCUCAGAAGGAGCGCAGGGACGUGGUUGACACUGGGAUGAGACGAGAAUAGUCCUUAGAUAAUUCUGUGCUUGCUGCAUGCCCUGGAGAAGCAGCAAAGGAGCCCCUCUGCAUGACCACAGCAUCCCAGUUACUGAUUGACCAAAAAAAGGAAAAGAAGUAUGUUUUCCCCUAAAAGAAUGUCUUCGCGUGUUUAAUUAGUCCUUGCAGCUACGUUAGACUGGCUUUUGUUGGAAAGCUUUCCCUCAUAAGUAGGUCACUGAAGAUAUAAUUAAUACAGAUAGUGACUGUCGCAUACCCAGAUUUCUUUGGGUUGAAAUGACCUCUUUUUCUUAGGUUUUCCCACUGUCUGUCACAACACAGCCAGCUGGGUUAUGUUGCUUAGCUGGUUCUGUUGCCAGGGUGCUGUCAAUAUAGGAACUGUGUCAGCAGCUCCCACAAUUUUCUUACUCAAAAUAUGAGCUGUUUUCCUCUAAUGUGGAGGUGGUAUGAAUAGGAACUCUGGCUGCUUGUGUAUUAUCUUUAAAAAUCUAAAACAGAUUUGUGUAUUUGAAGGAACUACAAAGAGCAGGAAAAGCCGAUCUUUCAUCCAUGGAUUCACCUCCGGCUGCAACUGCCAGCACUGGCUCCGAGUACAAAAAGGAUCUAGGAGUUUCUUCUGGAUCCCCCACAUGGGUGACAGAAGCCCAAACACUUGGGGGCACCCACUACUGCUGUUCUCCUAGGCCUUUCACGGGGAGCUGCAUCAGAAGUGGAGCAGCUGGGACAUGAAAUGGUGCCCACAUGCAAUGCUGGUGUCACGGGUGGCUGCUGUACCUGUUUUCUUAUACUGUGUGUUUAAGCAAUGAGUUGGAAUUGUAGUGUCUGACGAAGCUGUAAAGAUGCCCCCUCCCACAGUGAGGCCAGUUAUCCGUAGGAUGGCCAAACUCUGUUGUCCACACUAGGAUGCUUCUGAGCAUGAAAAUGGAUGCUAUCACCUUGGUUCAGAAGGUGUAAAUUAGACCCGUCUUGGGCAAUGAGGAGGUAUGAUCGUUCUGACACAUCAUUUGAAGCCCUUCUCAUUCCCCUCUUGUGUCUGUUGGCCACAGAGGUCGUUUAGAUCCUGUGACUGAUGUUCUGAACGGUAUCCGCUUCAGCUCUCACUUCCCUCCUUGCUCUGUUUAAAUCAUACAAUCAAAAACGGAGUGGAACAGUGGCUUCCCAUGAUAGCUGCAGAAAGCACCACAGGCCAGGAAGGUUCUACUGGUCUGUGAAACUUGACCAGCUCCAUGCCUUGGCUCCCAGGAGCCUGGCCCUGGAUUGUAGGGACACUAAGAACAAUUGAGUUUUUGUUUCUGUGUCCUUGGUCUGACUGCUGGAAGGGAUUUAUUUUGCUUUGGCCUCUGUUUCUGGCUCCUGACAGCAACGUUUUAUCCCCAUCCGUGAACCUUUCUGUGUAUAUAAAAUUAGGUCGAAACUUGAACCUCAUAUUGCAUUUUCAAAUCUUGAGCUCAGGAUUUGGGUGUUGACAUUUUAUUGGCCCUCUUUCAGUUACAUGCAUCUCAGAUUUCAGUUACUUGGUAUCUGGUUGAGAUUCCUGGGUAGCAUUUCGGAAGCUGCCAGAGAAAGGGGAAUCUACUUGGACAUUGAAAAGAGGAACAGUAAGUUCCCCACAUGAAGAAGACAAUGAUUCCUAUGUCAAAUGCUUGUCAAAAUGUGGUAACCAAAUCACUGGUGAUGGGCAAGAUGUUUUUAAUUGAAACAAAUCUUGCUUCAUUGUGGCAAAUACUGCGUUUUCACUUAAGACAUCCAUGGGUCCUUUGAGCACAUUUAAAGAAAAGCUGAACAUAAAUAAUCAUACAGGUGGUAGUUGGAUGUGCCAAGAAUCUGCAAGAGAGGUACACAGAUGAGAGAGGUUUGAAAACCGUUAGAAAUCAAGAGCCUAAAGCACAUGUCUUGCAGGAGAGGUCCCAGUCCAGCAUGGUCAAAGAUGCACAUCCAUACCACCACCACCACCACCACCACCACCACGAAGCUGCAAGCUGUCAAGAUGAGCUUUGCCUUGAAACAGGCCCCCAGCUAUGCGUGCAUGGCUGCCCAGAGAGCAGCACACCCUGCGUGUUCUGUUGAAGCUGCACCUGAGCUUCUACUCUAGAAAGGGAGACAAGUGCCAUUUGUAGGUCAAGGGAGACAAAGGAUUCUGUGAUGAGCUUUACAGAGAGAGACCCAGGAGAGGCUGGGAGUCUUGGAACAGAAACUGCUUUCUCCCAUGAUGAGAGAUCACAGCGCAUAGUGGCAGAAAAAAGGACAACAAAAUUCUCAUUUGGGGCUGUGCCUUGCCCAGAAGCCAUCCACUGACAUUAUAGAGGACACUUGCAGCAGCUAGGGGCUCUGACAUGAUGCAAGUUUGAAAGUGCAAUCCUCUGUCAUUCAACAGCAGGGGACUGGUGAGAGUGGAAAGAGCACUUUUAUCAAGCAAAUGAGAAUUAUCCAUGGAUCGGGUUACAGCGAUGAAGACAGGAAGGGGUUCACAAAUCUGGUUUACCAAAAUAUAUUCACCGCCAUGCAAGCCAUGAUCAGAGCGAUGGACACCCUGCGGAUUCCAUAUGUGUGCGAGCAGAAUAAGGAAAACGCGCGGCUAAUCCGAGCGGUGGAGGUGGACAAGGUCUCCUCGCUGUCCAGGGACCAGGUGGAAGCCAUCAAGCAGCUGUGGCGCGACCCCGGAAUCCAGGAGUGCUACGACAGGCGGCGCGAGUACCAGCUGUCCGACUCGGCCAAGUACUACCUGACGGACAUUGACCGGAUCGCCUUGCCAUCCUUUGUGCCCACCCAGCAGGACGUGCUUCGUGUCCGGGUGCCCACCACCGGCAUCAUCGAGUACCCGUUUGACUUGGAAAACAUCAUUUUCCGGAUGGUCGAUGUGGGUGGCCAGCGAUCUGAACGACGCAAGUGGAUUCACUGCUUUGAGAGCGUCACUUCCAUCAUUUUCUUGGUGGCUCUGAGCGAGUAUGACCAGGUCCUGGCUGAGUGUAACAACGAGAACCGCAUGGAAGAGAGCAAGGCCUUGUUCAAAACCAUCAUCACUUACCCCUGGUUUCUGAAUUCAUCUGUGAUUCUCUUCUUAAACAAGAAGGAUCUUUUGGAAGAGAAAAUCAUGUAUUCUCAUUUAAUUAGCUACUUCCCAGAAUACACGGGUCCGAAGCAGGAUGUCAAAGCUGCCAAAGACUUUAUCCUGAAACUUUACCAGGAUCAGAAUCCAGACAAAGAGAAAGUCAUCUACUCGCACUUCACGUGUGCGACGGACACGGAGAACAUCCGCUUUGUGUUUGCUGCUGUCAAAGACACCAUCCUGCAGCUCAACCUCAGGGAGUUCAACCUCGUGUAGGGGCGCCGCCAGCCCACACCAGCCCUCACCCUGCCAGGCCCUGAGGACACCAUGCAGCCUGGGCAGAGGGUAACGCAGCGUGCAGGAGUCGUCUGAGUUUAGUUGACUACAACCUUGUAGAACUUUUAAUUUUCCAGUUAUUUUAAUAAUUCUACUUUUUUGUAUAAUUUUUGAAUUGGGGAUCAACAGGCCACUUUACACUUUAAAAGGCCACUUUGUACUUCUUCAUAUAAAUUAGAUUUUAAGUAUGUUUAUUACAAGGCAGUAAAGCAAGCACAGUUAUAGGGGGCUGAUAAUUUACAGAUCCUGCCUUGAGUCUUCUGGGGUUAAUCUGGCAAACUUUUCCAAAGGAAUGUGAAUGGAAUAAAAAAAUUUUUUUUUAAAUCUUGUAAAGCCAAUCUAAAUUGCUUUUCUCAUGCUGCAAUAUGAGUCCAUUCGCAUGCCAUCAGAAAGGGUUCUGUGUUAACUUUCUAAGCCAAAUUAAUGUGUUAGUAUCGCCACAAUCUUAUCAAAAACCCAAAGCUACAUAUGGUAAAUGGAUUCUAGACAGCAUAUAUGCUGUAUUGGCAAAAGUGAUACUGUAAACAUUAGAAUAUAUAUUCAGUGUAAAUGACCAGAUUUUGUGCACUUAUGAAAUGGUUACCAGGCCAAACUGUUUAAAAGAUGUAAUGUAACCCUUGCCAAAAUUCUUAAGACCACCUUAGCUUUGCUGUUGGAUGCAUGCUAUGAGAAUAGAGCGUUCAGACACCUGCACUGGGCUGUGUCGUGUUUCCUAGAGCUCCAGGUUGACUGACGGCUGUGACCCCUGAGUUAACUCAGGAACAGGCCUCAAGUCUGUAUUCACUGUCUGACCUCAGCCUUCCCUUGGUGCUGGGCAUGCUGGAGAGUGCAGGGGGUCACACUUGAAGGUACACACGCACACACAACACUCGAGGGACAGGACGCACCUUACCUAAGUCAGCAUGCGGACAGACUGGCCCCGACUUCAAACAGCUUCCCUUGCUAACGGUGCGAGAGUGGCAAGUGUUCAGUAGAAACCAUACCUGCAGUGCUAAACUCUGACCUUCGUCCUACGAGAGCCGUGUGUGGGUAAAUAUUCUACCAAUGCUGGGCAGCAGCAGUCAGUCACACUUGUCAACAUUUGGCACGCUACAGUGGCCUGCCUUGCUAAGCUAGGAUUUCCAGCUGAUACCCUCCCAGCUUAACAAAGCAUAACAGGUUUUGUGACAGAACACUGCCCGUACUCUAGCACCUACCCUGAGUCUUCCUUCCAUCUAUCAGGCUUCCAGGUUCUCAUUCUGGUGGAUCCACUGCAGGUACAAAGCUGGGGGAGACUUAACUUAUGCUUACAAACAGAAGGUCUACCGUAGCAGCGCUGACAUCUGAAAACCAACCUCAGUGGCAUGGACAGUGUCCGGCCCCCCACCCGCACAGGGCCUGUAAAAUCAUUUGGCUUGACCCAGCCAGGCAAUUGCAGGUGGGUGGAACUCAAAAUUCAAAAAAUUGAUUGAUAGACAUUUUUAAAGUUGAUAAGUAUGUUAUAAAUAACCAAAAAGGCCAUUUGUAGAAAAAAAGGUUUCUUACCUUUGCUAGAUGCACUCAGCAGUACAUUUUGUGGAACUUGAAAAACUGAAAAUCCACCUGAAAUGGUAAAGUUCUAGGACUAGUGAGACAAUUCUGCACACGAGCCAGACCUGGGGGUGCGGCUCUUCAGGGAGUCUGGAAACACCAACAAACACCAAGACAAUGUCCCCUACUCCUCCUCAGGUGACGUUAAGAACCGGCUCGCAUUGGCCAAUUAAUAUGCAAAGGGUUCAAGAGAAUUGAACCUCUCUGCCAUUAGAGAGAUUAUAAACUUUUUCUUUUGUAAUUUCAAGAAUUCCAUAGCAAUGAGCUAUUGAUUUACACAGCAACCAAGGCACUGCUGCCUUUAAAAAGCUCUGGUUGAGGCAGGGCUGUCAAAUAAUCAUUUAAGGAUUAUUUAAAUGUAACGAUGUAUUUGCUUACCUUGUGGAAAAGCUGAGCUCUCCUUAGCAGAGGUGAAUUAAUGUCCUACCGCCACUGGUUCUGUAGUUAGAAAUCUCCCCCUGCAGAAGCGCACCACUACACACUGGGGCAAGGAGCAGGACGUGAGAGGGGCACUGCUAUACUUUGGGCUCCACUGAGCACUGCCACACACACUGGCUCUUCACAGUGACCUGCUGGGCUGACAUGCCACCCACAGGGCUGAAAAAACAAGGCUUUGGGGAGAACUGAGGGAAGCAACGGAAGACUACUGAUGAUGGUUCUGCUUCUAACUAAAAUAAAUGCAGGCUGAAGGUCAGAAAUUUUAAUUGACUCAGUGUAUUGGAAAUAGACAGGGCUCAACUGGGUAGUUACCUUACCAUGCAACCCGUGAAAUAACUACCGUUUAAAAAUAUGUCCUUAAGGAGCAUGGCCAGCCAAUUUUUACAAAAAAAAUAAAAGACUAAAUUCCGGUUCAAGAUAAAGAACAUCACUAUAAAUAUUUGUGUAUAUAAACUGUCUUAGCAGAAUACACAAAAUAGGCAGCCGGGCUGAGCUCACACAAAGAAACAGAAAAGAGAAGAAUUAGAUGCAGAAAUUUAAAAAACUAAUCAGCAUAAAUGAAGCUAAUUUCACACAGUAUAUGUGUUCCCAAUAAGUCUACAUUUGGUCAACAUAAACAUUAGCAGGAGAAAUGCAUCUCCCUUAAAGACCGUCCUGUGUAAUACAUGACUGCACAGCAAUAACAUUAUAACAAUCAAUUACAACGUAUCCAAUCGUGUCACAAGUUCCACAGACAAUUGCUCAGAGUUCAAGUACAAAAUUACUGAACUUGAGAACAUUUCUAUGUAAUCUAUAUUUUUCUUGAAUGUUUUUACACCCCAAAAUUGAGAUCUUUUGGGUAACCAAGAGGUUUCUUCCCACAUGAUCCACUUGAAGUAUACAUCUGAUUAGGUGAUGUAUUACAGCCAUCUCACAGGGUUUCUUGUUACAAGGAAUACAUCAAGGAAUCUGAGCGGUUCUAAAUGAAUGGUGUUCACUGACAGAAAAUUUAUGUUUUUAGGAAGUAAUACAGCAGGAGCCAAUCAACCUACAAAUUUUGAAGUAACAUUUUUCAUGCAGCUCUAUAAGUAACAAAACUUACCAUUUUUUUUGGAAAUGCCAUGUUGCUUUUAAAAAGAACUAAUCCAUCAUGCUAAAUAAAUAAAACUGUUAAAAUGCCAAAGUUUAUUUUAUAAAAGAAUACAGUGGAAAAGGGUUUCUGUUAGACACAAAUACGUUCCCUUGUAAUGGAACUGGAAACAGCAUUUUCUCAAUGUGCUAGUCCUAUUUCUAGGGUAGCCCCAAAACUAACACUGCUAUUACAAUUACGGAGGAAAGAAAAGUGGGGGGACUAAAGUGCACCAUUAGCUGU